AUGGUGAAAACUGACCUAGUCAGAUAUCUGCUGACUAGACCAACAUUGUCUGGACGGUUGGCGAGGUGGCUAAUCCAAUUAUCAGAAUUUGACAUCAUAUGCAUGACUCCAAAGGCUAUUAAGGGGCAAGUUGUGAUUGAUAUGAUCACUUUGUUCUUAGGGGAAGAAGGCUUUGAUGUCUCACAAGAAAUAUUAGGAGAGUUACCUGAGAUCUCGGCAGUAGUUGAAGAAGAAGAGCCCUGGACACUCCAUUUUGAUGGGUUAGCCACAUCUAAUGGCAGAGGAGCAGGAGUUGUGCUUGUCGAUCCUAAAGGGCAUGCCAAGCCUUUCUCUUUCAAGCUCGAUUUUCCAUGCACUAAUAAUGUGGCAAAGUACGAAGCUUUUAUUGUUGGGCUCUCAACUGCACGAGAGAUGAAUGUGAAGAAAAUUAGAGCAAUCGGAGAUUCAAACCUGGUCAUUAGUCAAUUGAAAGGAGAUUUUGUAGUGAAAGAACCAGCUUUGGCGCCUUAUAGAACUUUGGCAGAGAAGCUAGUCACAAGCUUUGAGCAAAUAAGUCUAGAGCACAUUCUUGGCAACACCAACAGAUACGCAGACACUCUAGCUACCCUUGGUUCAAGACUUUCAUUCACAAAUGAGCAACCCAACAUCACUGUUAUGUAA